AUGGGUCGGCUCACACCAGAACAAAAGCAAUUUUACAAAGAUUAUGGAUACAUAGUCUUGAAAGCAGUGCUUCCUGAGGACGAACUAAAUGCUAUCAGUGAGGAGUACGACAAGUUGUUCGCGAGGAAGAAUCAGGACAAGAUGGAGAGCUCCUGGGUAGGCAGUGACGCGGACGACAGGAGGAGCAAUGCGACGCAAACAGUGAAAGGGAUCCAUAACCUGCAGUACCACCACGCAGUGUUCAAUACAUUCCUGUUCAACAAGGACCUGUUAGAUGCGCUGGAGGAUAUCAUGGAAACCAGCGACAUCGUACUGCAUCACACCAAGGCCCACUUGAAACCUCCCGAGAAGGGCGCCGCGUAUCCUAUGCAUCAGGACUAUCACUACUUCCCAUACAAGCACGACUCCAUGGUAGCUGCCUUCCUGCACCUAGACGCCGCGGGGCCCGACAACGGGGGCCUGUUCGUGUACCCUGGCUCGCACAGACUAGGCCCCCAGGAAGACGUUGGCGCCAGCGAGUCAAACUUCCAUUACGUUGAUCAAACAAGGUUCCCGUUUGAAGAAGCGACACCGGUGGUGUGCGAGCGUGGUGACGUGGUGGUGUUCUCGUACCUGCUGGUGCACGGCAGCCCGAGCAACACGAGCCCGCGGCCGCGCCGCAUGCUGCUGCUGCAGGCGGCCGCCGCGUGGGACGAGCCGCUCGGCCGCCAGCCCGCGCGCCCCGGCCAGGGCUGGCUGCUCCGAGGAACCAACCUCAACAGAGACGCCAGCAUAUCUAACAGAUUUGAAAAUAACUAA